GGCCCGGGCCGGGGCCGCCAUUUUGGGUGGCUGGGCCGGGGCGGCGGCGGGGGGCGGGCAGCGAGCGCGGCCCCCAUGGCCGGGCAGUUCGACUCCGAGGACCGCGCCAGCUGGUACUGGGGGCGGCUGAGCCGUGCCGAGGCGGUGUCGCUGCUGCAGGGGCAGCGCCACGGCACCUUCCUAGUGCGCGACUCGGGCACCAUCCCCGGCGACUUCGUACUCUCGGUGUCCGAGAGCUCCCGCGUCUCGCACUACAUCGUCAACAGCCUAGGGCCGGCGGGAGCCCGGCGGGCCGGCGGCGAGGGCCCCGGGGCCCCGGGGUUGAAUCCCACCAGGUUUCGAAUAGGUGACCAAGAGUUUGAUUCCUUGCCAUCUUUACUGGAAUUCUACAAAAUACACUAUUUGGACACUACAACCUUGAUAGAACCAGUUUCCAGAUCCAGGCAGAAUAGUGGCGUUCUCCUCAGGCAGGAGGAGGCUGAGUAUGUGCGAGCUCUCUUUGACUUUAAUGGAAACGAUGAAGAAGAUCUUCCAUUUAAGAAAGGAGACAUACUGAGAAUCCGGGAUAAACCUGAAGAGCAAUGGUGGAACGCAGAAGACAGCGAAGGAAAGAGGGGAAUGAUACCUGUUCCUUACGUCGAGAAGUAUAGACCUUCCUCUGCUUCAGUAUCUACUCUGAUUGGAGGUAACCAGGAUAGUUCCCACCCACAACCACUGGGUGGGCCGGAGCCAGGGCCCUAUGCCCAGCCCAGCAUCAACACUCCGCUCCCUAACCUCCAGAAUGGCCCUAUUUAUGCCCGGGUUAUCCAGAAGCGAGUCCCUAAUGCCUACGACAAGACAGCCUUGGCUUUGGAGGUCGGUGAGCUGGUAAAGGUCACAAAGAUUAACGUGAGUGGUCAGUGGGAAGGCGAAUGUAACGGCAGGCGCGGUCACUUUCCAUUCACACACGUUCGUCUGCUGGAUCAACAGAAUCCUGAUGAGGACUUCAGCUGAGUGUGGCUCUACAGUUGCGCUUACAGAUGGGAACAAUCUCAACUUGUUUUUAUUGCAGAGGCCAUCCAGACUAUGUUCCGACAGAUGUUGAAAGCGGUAUUGCUUGUAUAAGCGUUCUGAUAACCUGCAAACCCCUGGGACUGAACACCACCAUUCCUUAAUCAAGGGUCAUGUAAUUCAGGGUACGACAGUAGAUAACUUGUGUGUCAAGAGGCAGAACUAGUUCAUGAUUCUAGGUUGUGAUGCCUGCUUAUGUCCACGUGCACAACAGACUGGACCUUUCCAGCACCUGCGGCUGGAGAAGGCAGUAAUGUAGAUGUUAUGGUAACAUUUAUAGCUCUCUCCAGUCCUAUUCCUUAUGUGGCUUCUUCCUCAGGCAAUGAACGGCAACCUUAGACAAUUCAAUAUAUAGAUAGAAAUUUCACAAAUUUAUCCUGGAGCUUUCUCCGUAUUUUUUUCCAUCCUGGAUUCUCUGUCCUGGAAAGGCUCUCUGGUGCUUUGCACGGUUGGUUAACUGUGCACAGUACUGAUUUCUGUAGAGCCCGCUGGGGACAGCCUCAUGAUUUACAGAUGCUUUACCACUUUAAUGGUAAAUGACAGAUCAAAUCAACCUCGGAAUUCUAGAAGUUUGUGGACACUAGAUUGAUUUCUUCAGUACUGUCAAUGCUUCAAACGUAGCAACUGAUUUUAAAUUAAGAUUUCUCUUAACACGCCUAUCUCUCUUUUUAUCCACAACUGUAAGGCUUAUGGAAGUGUAAACGUCCAUAUCAGUGCUGAAAAAUACAUGCGUAGCACUUUAAUGCAGACCUUCCAAGCAGUGUUUGAUCACUAAAUAUACUAAAAUAUUGACACUGCUUUCCACUGAAUUAAAUUAUGUAGGGACAGUUUAAUUUUUCUGGAAUUCUCCAGUACUCCUGUUGUACAGCACAAAUCAGUGUCGAACACAGUGAACUGACAACUCAAAUACAGCUUUUAUUUUCAAGUUACUCUGGGGACUCCCCCGGUUUAAUUCCCAUCUGUAAAAUAUUUGAUAGUGAAUUCAUGAGGAUUUUAUUUUUAAUAAACUAAUGGAAAAUACCUGUGUGCUUCUGGAUUGAUUCUCAAAAGGCGUUAACAGAGUAACUACAGCUUCAUAGCUCAUAACAAAUCAGUGCAUCGCGUAGGUGCAUUAUGCACUGCUCGAUUUUAUUCUUUUUUAGGCUGUUCUUCUAAUUAUCUGGGUUUCUCUAACAUAAAUCAGAAUGGAUUCAGUAAGUUUUGUAAACUGAAAUCAAACACUGAAGUAACCAUCCCUUGCCUGUACCCUGGGUUGUUUUCCAAACACAGCAUCCAGUGACCAAACUUAGCAAACAAAUCUGUACAGAGCAGACUUUCUAAGUGGUAUCUGACUGAAAAUGUUACUUUGGUUGAUGCAAACCGUGUGACAAGCAUGGCUCUGACUGUCAGUGCUGCAAGGGCUCGUUCCCACUGCAGCGGCUGUUGCUGCGAGGCACCGACCGCACAGCAAAUACUGGUAACACUUUACCUCAGAACUGUGUAACAUGCUGGAAUCAAUAUUACUGUUCUAUUUAAGUACUCGUCGUUUUACUGCGAAACUAAUCCAUCGGCAAGUCUGACUAAUUUUCAGGUAACGGGCACUCAUUAAUUCUGUAGACUAACGCCAUGUAUGUUAAUUGUACUUCCCGUCACCGAUCUCAUGAGCACUACUGAGGGUCGUUGAAAACUGACAGUCGUGGCAGUGGUGUAGGAACAGCAACGCAGAACCUGCCGUGCCCUCCUGGCUGGGAUUGCUGCCUCGGCAAGGAGGAGUGCCUGGGAUGGGGGAAUCUCUUCUAGCGUAGCAGAAAAUCCACUGUGAGGAAAAACAUCAAGGAACUAACUUGAGGUUCUGUAACCCAUCGGUUUCUUUAAUGGUAAUUUUGUAUUUCUCCUCUGACCUUGGCGCUUAUUCUGACUGAUUUGUUCCCAAUAGCUGCACUCGAAAUAACAGCCUGAAUGCUGAGUUUAUCAGUUGCUGUUAUAUGCUUGUAUUUUUCUUCAGGUAUUGCAGAAGAAACAACGAACUCUGUGUUCUGAGAGUAACACAGCUUGUUCUGAAAUAUUUUUUCCAAUCGCUGUUGAUGAAAGCCCCUAUGUUUGUACCUUUCCAAUCAGCAAUUAUUUUAAGAUACCAAAAGAACUUUUUUCUGAAAGUUUUCUUAUGCAAAUCUUGCCUUUUUAAUACAAAAGACGUAAUUUGAAUUAACUAGCAAAUACCCUGCAAACUUUGUAGCUGUGUUUUUGUUAAGACGGUAUAAAUUGUGAAUAUUUGUACACUUUGAAAGAGCAAAAAAACAGAAACUAGAGGAGUCUUAAUAGCUGCUGUUGCACUAGAAUCCUUAGUUCUUGUUGAGCAGUUUUUCUUAGUCAGCCGAUACAUUAACGCGACUGUUUUCCACUGUUCAGUUCUAAGCCGAAAUGUGGUUUUGUUUCAUAGGUGAUAGAAAUGAGAGUUUGCAUUUGGACGAAAUAGACAUUUCAACUUACCGAGCUCUUAAAGGAAACUAGGUAGAACAGAUGUUCAUGACCGUGUAGAUGAAACCCUUUCGUGGCCUUUGUUUAUCCUCUUCCAUUUGUUCCCUCCCUUCUCCCUGAUGCGUGCAAAAAAAUCAUUGCAAAGACUGUUGGUCACAAUCUUUUGUCUCUCCUGGGCUGUGGUUUUGGUCUCUCAUGCAUAGGCAGGUGUUGGAACUAGAAUAAUCUUCUCUAGAGAGACACUGCGAAAGCAGACUGCUCAAUUACACUGUGUUCUUCUGGUGCAUUUACACAUUAUAUCACACUAAAAAGUACAACUGGCUGCUAUGGUUUUUUAAUAUAUAUUUCAUUUUGGUAAACCCCAGCCUUUUUACUAAUAUUUGACCUGGUUAAAUCUUGUUAAUCUGUUUGAAUUGUAUUUGUUAAUAAUGCAAAUAUUUCUAAUCAUCUUAAAACACUUCAUUUUUGUUAAUGGUUUUGGGGAAGGAUUCUAACCAAACCCGUUUGAAGAAAAAUAUGAACAUGUGCCAUUGUAUGAUAACACUAUCCACUUUCUUGACAGUUACAGUCUUUUUUAUUUUUUUGUAGCAUGUAAUGUAUAUGUUCAUAGUACGUGAAGUAAAUAAAAGUAUAGC